AUGGCGGACCAUCAUCCCGAAAUGAAUGGAAAUAGUUCACCUCAGGAAGAAACUCCUAAAUAUCUGAACGGAAUUAACAACAAAGAAAUCUCAAUAGUAGAAAGUAAUAAUUAUGAAUAUGACCACCAUAGAGUUUCUCCACAUUAUAACCAAUACUUUGAAAAUUAUGGUCCAAAUCACGUUUAUAUGCCGUCUAAUGACGUUAUUGACCGCUCAAUAAACGAUCGCGAAGAAGUCAUAGAAGAAAGCGCUUAUAAAGUUGUAUAUAAAGCUAUAGAUCGUGAAGAAGGUUAUGAAGUCGCGUGGAACUGCUUUCAAACAACUAAAGCCGAAUUCAAUGACUUAAGUCAAGAAAUAAAAAUCUUGAAACAAGUUCGGCACCCAAAUAUUAUCAAUUUUCACGAUUGUUGGUACAAAGAUCAAGAGUUUAUUUUUGUCACGGAAUUGAUGACAUCCGGAACUUUGCGGGAAUACAUUCGAAAACUUUCAUUACCAAAUAUGAAAAUAGUAAAACGAUGGUCACGCCAAAUACUUAAAGGACUUUUACAUCUUCAUUCUCAUAAUCCUCCAAUUAUUCACCGUGAUAUCAAGUGCGAUAAUAUCUUUAUUAAUGGUGCCCAUGGUGAAGUAAAAAUCGGUGACAUGGGAACAGCCAAGAUGAAGUUGGGAAAAAAGUAUACCGUCAUCGGAACUCCCGAAUUUAUGGCACCUGAAAUGUACGAAGAAAAAGGUUAUAACGAAAAGGUCGAUAUCUAUGCGUUUGGAAUGUGUCUUCUUGAAAUGGUAACUGGCGAAUAUCCAUAUAUUGAAUGUAAGAAUGCUGCUCAAAUAUAUAAAAAAGUCACAUCGGGAACAAAACCAGAGAGUUUAAAAAAGGUCACAGAUCAAGAAAUUCUGGAUUUAAUAGGCCACUGUUUAGAUACUGAAAAUGAAAGAUACACCGCUCAACAAAUCAUGGAUCAUCCUUUUCUUACUGUGGAACCUGAGGUGGUAUUAAUCACAGCUGAUGAUGCCAAAACCCAACUCACCUUACAAGUUGUCUUUAAAGGAAUGGACAAAUUAUCUGUUAAAUUUCAAUUUAAUGUAGAAAGGGAUACUGCUGAGGAAGUUGUAAAUGAGAUGAUCGAAGAGCAAGUUUUGCCUGACAAGUAUCAGCAGCUCAUCACCCAUGAGAUAAAUCGUAUCUUACGAGAUAUCAAUAAACAAUCCAUCGAAGAUGAUAAAAAAGAAGAACACAAGAUACCAUGGCCGACAGCACCCGAUACGCCGCCAUACCAUAUAGCAUUAUCACCACAUUUGGGACCUGCUAAGUCAUCUCAUAUAUCUACUCCUUCUGCUCCUUCUUCGAUAAAUCUGGAGCGAGAGAGUCCAGGGAAUACGUUAUCAUCCCACCCAACGGAACAAUCACCACGAAAAAAUUCCAUUUCAAGUUCAGGUGCUCCAGGUGUUCCAGGUGUUCCAGGGCAAGAAUGGACACAAGACAUGGAAGAUUCUCUUCCUGUAAAAGAAUACCCAGACAACACUCCCAUUAAAGAUUUUGUUCGAGAAACUGCUCUUGCAACAAAUCGUGACCCAGAAAAGGCAGAGGAAUGGUCUAAAAAACUUUUAAGUCAGGAUUUUGUGACUGUUGGUGAUUUAAGAGCGCUGAUUGAUGAAGAUUGGCAAGGAAUAGGAUUGACUGUCUUUGCCUUUCGUGCUCUAAAGAAUGCCUUAGAUGGCAGAUAG